AUGCAAGAAUUGUGGCAGGAAAAAUUUCUUUCUUUCUUUCUUUCUUUUGUUUUCGUCUUCACCUUCCUAUGUCUUCUCAACACAUCUUCCCAACACAUUUCUUCUUAUUAUUCUUAUUCUUCUUCCCACCGAUUUUUUAUGUUUCUUUUCUUCCUACUCCUUCUUUCUUUCUUUCUUUUGUUUUCGUCUUCACCUUCCUAUGUCUUUUCAACACAUCUUCCCAACACACUUCUUCUUUUUCUUCCUCCUCCUCCCACCUAUUUUUCAUGUUUCUUUUCUUCCUACUCUUUCUUUCUUUCUUUCUUUCAUUCUUUCGUUUUCAUCUUCACCUUCCUGUCUUCUCAACACAUCUUCCCAACACAUUUCUUCUUCUUCUUCUUCCCACCUAUUUUUCAUGUUUCUUUUCUUCCUACUCCUUCUCUCUAUUUCUUUCUUUCUUUCGUUUUCGUCUUCCUAUGA